AUCCCAACUUCCGGUGAAAGAGAGAAGUGUCUCACACGAUUACUCUGGCGAGGCCUGUCGUUACACACCAUAGCCAGUUGAGCUGGGUUUCGAUCAGCGCCAUGGCCCUGUGAUCGCCAACAAGUUGGUUCGUUAACUUUAAAUAAAAAACCCAGGGCGCGUCGCCGCCGCGUACGAAGGUUUUUUACCAGAGUGUCACAGCGUCGGAGCCACAGGUUUGAACAUUACCCCCCGACUGCCAGCUAGUUAGCAAGCUAAAGACGCAGCUAGCUAUUCGCCAAGCAAGCAAGCGCCUCCAAAUUGGAUCGGGUGUCUGUUUCAAGAUGUCAACUGCUGGUUUCAACUCUCAGAACGGGACAGGGACGGGACAAGCGUAUGCGAAUGGUCCAUCACAGAAUCCAGUUGGCCUACAGCAGCUGCCAGGGGUCAGCUAUGGCAUGACUCACCAACCAACCUACAACCCAAUGCAGGCCAAAGCUCCCGCACCCCCUGGCCCUGGACUCUAUCCUACUGCAGCAUACCAGUCUGGUCCCCCAGUCAGCUCCUACCAGUCUGGCCCAGCACACACUUCCUACCCACCCCCACCGGGCCAACCUUUGUUGACCAGGCCUGCAAUGGGAACUCCUCCAUCUCAUACCCCUCCACAGUCUGCCAGCCCCAAUCAUGGUCCCAGGAUGCCCCUUCCACGGGCCACUCCGCCCCCUCCUGCCGUAUCUUCAAGCAGCUACUACUCAAACCCCCAGCAGCAGCCCAUUGCUCCAUCAUGGCAGUACAACACAGCUCCAGCACCAAUGGGGCCACCCCCUUCUUUAAGUGCCCCUCCCUGCGGCCCUCUGGCAAAUCACACAAACCCAUCUUCAAGCUCAACGGUGCCGCCACCACCAACGUUGACAGCGUACAGCUCCCCACAGCCAGCCUAUGGAUCCCAUAGUGCCACACAGCCUCCAGGCCCCAGAAUGCCGUCCACCUCUCACCUGGGAUACACCCAACCAGGUGCUGCACCUCCACCACUGAAUCCCAUGCUUUCCCACACAUACCAACCAAGCAGACCCGCAUAUGGACCCCCACCCACAGGACCCCCACCUCUAGGCCCACCACCCGCAGGUCCAUCACCAGCCAUGACAUCCACACCACCUUCCACUGCACCCCCACUGGCCAAUGUCACACCUCCACCCCCCAAAGCUGAUGCUCAGUGCAGGGAGGCUGUUAAUAGCACGUUGUCCCCCACAGAGCCCGACUGCCAGGAGAGCGAUAUUGAAUGUCCAGGAACGUUGGCUGGCAAUGGGCCUCAAUCUCCAAACAACUUUAAUAGCAUUGACAACAAAAUGGCUGGUCUGCCUCAGCCCGGACUGCCUGGUCGGCACUUGGGCCACUACCCCUCCCUCCCCCCUGGGUACCAGAACGCUGCUGCUCCCCACAAACCCACCUCCCCCAUGCACCCCACGAUGCAAGCUGCCACACAGCCUUACUCUCAAACAACUCAGCCAUACCAACAGCCACAUGGUGGCCCAGGGCCGGCCCAGCUGAGCCCAUCCUUGGCGGCCUUGAGCCUCCAGUCCAGUUCCCCAGAGGCCCUAAGAGUGGUCAACCUGCUCCAGGAGAGGAACCUGCUGCCACCAGGCCCAAUCCCUGCCCCAACACCUUGCCUACCACAGGACCUGCAGAAGAUUAACUGCAACCCAGAGGUUUUUCGUUGCACCCUGACCAGCAUCCCUCAGACACAGUCUCUGCUCAACAAAGCCAAGAUGCCGCUGGGCCUGCUGCUCCAUCCCUUCAAGGACCUCUCGCAGCUUCCUGUUGUGACAUCCAGUACCAUUGUCAGAUGUCGGUCCUGCAGAACUUACAUUAACCCCUUCGUCUCUUUCCUGGACCAGAGGAGGUGGAAGUGCAACCUGUGCUAUCGGGUCAAUGAUGUUCCAGAGGAGUUCAUGUAUAACCCAGUCAGCAGAUCGUAUGGAGAGCCACACAAAAGACCGGAGGUGCAGAAUGCUACCAUUGAGUUUAUUGCUCCUUCAGAAUACAUGCUGAGGCCACCACAGCCUGCCGUUUACCUCUUCCUUCUGGACGUAUCCCACAAUGCUGUGGAGACAGGCUACCUGACUGUGUUCUGUCAGUCACUGCUGGAUAACAUUAAUGCUCUUCCGGGAGACUCGCGGACAAAAGUAGGCUUCAUCACCUUUGACAGCACCAUCCACUUCUACAACCUUCAGGAGGGGCUUUCCCAACCACAAAUGCUCAUUGUGUCUGACAUCGAAGAUAUCUUUUUACCAACACCAGACAGCCUUCUAGUAAACCUCAAUGAAUGCAAAGAACUCGUGCAGGAUCUGCUGAGGAGUCUGCCAAGUUUAUUUGAAAAGACGAUGGAGACCCAGUCUGCCCUGGGAUCGGCUCUGCAGGCAGCCUUCAAGCUGCUGUCGCCCACCGGAGGCCGCAUGUCUGUCUUUCAGACGCAACUGCCCAACCUCGGCGUGGGCGCGCUGCAGUCCAGAGAGGAUCCCAACCAGCGAGCAUCUGCCAAGGACAUUCAGCAUUUAUCCCCAGCGACAGACUUUUACAAGAAGCUGGCUCUGGACUGCUCUGGUCAGCAGGUGGCUGUUGACCUGUUCCUGCUUAGUUCUCAGUACUGCGACCUUGCAUCACUUGGCUGCAUAUCCAGAUACUCAGCUGGGAGCGUUUACUACUACCCAUCUUACCACCACCAGCACAACCCUGCUCAGGUGGAGCGAUUCCAGAAAGAGCUGAAGAGAUACUUAACCCGGAAGAUUGGUUUUGAGGCCGUCAUGAGGAUACGCUGCACCAAAGGUCUGUCCAUCCACACGUUCCACGGGAACUUCUUUGUGCGCUCGACAGAUCUGUUGUCGCUCCCCAACGUCAACCCGGACGCCGGCUUUGCCGUUCAGAUGUCCAUCGAGGAAAAUCUGGAUGACAUGCAGGUCGUCUCUUUCCAGGCUGCCCUGCUUUACACCUCUAGCAAAGGUGAAAGAAGGAUCCGCGUCCACACCUUGUGUCUCCCUGUCGUCAAUUCUCUGUCAGAUGUCUUUGCCGGGGCAGAUGUUCAAGCCAUGGCUGGGCUGCUGGCUUGUAUGGCUGUGGACCGCUCCGUGACGGCGAGUCUGAGCGACGCCAGGGACGCGCUGACCAACGCCGCCAUCGACUCGCUGUCGUCUUACCGACAGUCCGUGUUGACCAUCCAGCAGCCCGGCCUGCUGGCCCCAGCCUGCCUCAGAUUCUUCCCCCUCUACGUCCUCGCCCUACUCAAACAGAAAGCCUACAGAACAGGGACAAGCACUAGACUGGAUGAACGGGUAUUUGCCAUGUGUCAGUUGAAGUACCAGCCGCUGGCCUACGCCAUGUUGAUGAUCCACCCGGCUCUGUACCGCGUCGACGACCUGACGGACGAGGGAGCUUUGAACAUCAACGAGCGAACCAUCCCUCAGCCCAGAGUGCUGCAGCUGUCUGUGGAGAAGCUCAGCAGGGAGGGAGCUUUCCUCAUGGACACUGGAAUGGUGUUAUAUCUGUGGAUCGGUCGCAACUGCCACCCCAACUUCCUCACACAAGUCCUGGGAGUUCCCAGCUACGCUACCGUGCCUGAAAAUCUGUAUCUGCUCCCAGAGCUGGACACCGCUGAGUCGCAGAGAAUCAGAGCCUUCAUUGGCUGGUUGAGAGAUCAGAGGCCGUUCUUCCCCACCCUGCAUGUCAUCAGGGAUGAAAGCCAGCUGAAAGCCAGCUUUAUGCAGAACAUGAUCGAGGACCGAACGGAGUCGGCCCUGUCUUACUACGAAUUCCUGCUCCACCUCCAACAGCAAAUCUCCAAAUAACCUUCGGCAUGACUGUGGAAAAACUAGUGAAUGCUGAAAGCGAGAGGACGCCCGUCAGUGUAUGUGUGCGUGCAUAUAUUUGUAUAUGGUGUGUGUAUGUGUUUCAAAUCGGUGGGGGGCGGAUGACCGGAGGGACGCCUCUGCAGCAGCAGCAGCAGCAGCGGCCAUCCACCGGCUCUCUGAGGGAAAAACUUCUGUGCUGAACUGAUGUGACGCGUCACUUUAAAUCAGUCUUACGUGACGGACAGUGCAAGGACACAGAGUGACAAAUGCUUUUUGUUGGCACUUUUCACCCAGUAGGAGUUGGAGGAAUUAACGAUGAUGAUGAUGAUGUAUGUGGUGAUGAAAUAGAUCAGUGUCGAACUAAAACCGCGCGCGUUCAGUCGAUCGCCGCAAAAACAGAUGGUGUCGAGUGUUUGUUUUUUUGUUUCCUUUCAAAAAAGCACAUUCGUCUUCACCAAAAUAAAUCGAGUCAUAAGUAUAUUUUGUCUGAAUGUGGGUGCGCGUGUGUCUGCUAAAGAUUAGGUAAAUACGAAAAGUGUGCGCGCUUCGAGGCUGGUAUUGGGUGACACUGGUAUUGGGCGAGUGUUUGUACACAGGACACCUGAGCUUCUAGCACUCUUAAUACUGUAUGUGAGAGAAGGAAUGUGUGCUUUUUAUUUUAUGUCAUUAUAAGUGUGUGUCGAACAAAUCUGUAGAUGCUGUUGUUACUGGUCGGAAACGUCGAAGGUGUUUUGAAGGCAGAUCAACCUCACUGUCGUCACUACCUUGAAUGUGUGCGUGGACUCGGCAGUGAAGAGUACAUCUUUUCUUUGGACAGGCAGAACAACUCUAUUUGUUUUCUUUUUUAUCAUUAUUAUUAUUAUUUCCCCGUGCCCCCUGUUUAAUUUAUGAGACUUCCCAAUCUGAUUAAAUUCUAUAAUUGCCUUGUACGGGAACUCACUUUUUAUUAUUAAACCUCAGUUUAAAUACAGACUUACAUAUGAAAUAUUUUAAUAUAAUAGGAUAUGGGAAAUUCUUUAACACAGACAUAACAAAAACUAUUGUUUUAAUCAUGCUUAUUGAUACUUGUAUAUGAAAAAAAAAAACUUGCAUUAUAUAGAAGUGACUAAAUGCCGAUUAUUUGAGUAUAAACAUUUAAGUGAAAUGACGCUAAGAAAAUAAAAUGUUUGGCACUUUUUAAA